GUGCUCGGGGAGAGAGACUAAGACGGAUAACGCGUCAUCUCGCCUUCCCAAAUUUUCCCCCCUCGCUAGACUGGGUCCAAAACCUUCAUCCGGAGCCGGCAGGAGAGGAGAACGAUGUUUAACUCGGUCAACCUGGGUAACUUCUGCUCGCCGUCGCGCAAGGAGAGGGGCGCUGAUUUUGGCGAGCGGGGGAGCUGCGCCUCCAACCUCUAUCUGCCCAGUUGCACUUACUACAUGCCUGAGUUCUCCACGGUCUCCUCCUUCCUGCCCCAGGCCCCCUCUCGUCAGAUCUCCUAUCCCUACUCAGCCCAAGUGCCCCCAGUCCGGGAGGUCUCCUACGGCCUGGAGCCAUCCAGCAAGUGGCACCAUCGGAACAGCUACUCUUCCUGCUAUGCGGCCGCCGAUGAGCUUAUGCACCGGGAGUGCCUGCCUCCUUCCACCGUCACCGAGAUCCUCAUGAAAAACGAAGGCUCCUACGGCGGCCACCACCACCCCAGCGCCCCGCACUCAGCCCCCGCCGGCUUCUACUCGUCAGUCAACAAGAACAGCGUCCUGCCUCAAGCCUUCGACCGUUUCUUCGACAACGCCUACUGCGGUGGCGGCGACCCACCCGCCGAGCCCCCCUGCUCGGGCAAGGGCGAGGCCAAGGGGGAGUCCGAGGUGCCCCCCGCCUCGGGACUGACGUCCCGGGCCGAAGCGGGUGCUGAGGCCGAGGCUGAGGAAGAGAACACAAAUCCCAGCUCGUCCGGUUCAGCCCACUCCGCGACCAAGGAGCCGGCCAAAGGAGCCGCCCCCAACGCCCCCCGCACCCGCAAGAAGCGCUGCCCUUAUUCAAAAUUCCAGAUCCGGGAACUGGAACGAGAGUUUUUCUUCAACGUGUAUAUCAACAAAGAGAAGCGGCUGCAGCUGUCCCGGAUGCUGAACCUGACUGACCGACAAGUGAAAAUUUGGUUUCAGAACAGAAGGAUGAAAGAAAAAAAACUGAGCAGAGACAGGCUGCAGUAUUUCUCGGGAAAUCCGCUACUGUAACCGCAGACCGGGCCCUGUUGGGGAAGCGGGAUAAAAGGGGAAAUUAUUUUAUUUUAUUUUUAUUUUUUAUUUUCUAACUCGUCUUCUUUCCGCGGGUGGAAAACUGGACUGUGGCCAGGGCUGGCCCCCACUGCCGUUGCUGGCACUUCUUUCCGGAACCUCCUUCACCCUCGCCUGACUCUCGCUGUGGGACAGGGACCGAGCCUGGAAAGGGGGUGAAGAGAAGUGUGUGACCUAUGGCGAGUGGACAUCUUUGGCGCCAAGGCCUAGACUCUUUAUUUAAAAGAAAACACACCUCGGCGACAAUGUCUUGCUGCUCAGAUUGGGUGGGGGGAGGGGCCACAGUAGUGGGCGCCUGAGCCGAACACCUCAAACUAAAAGCCUUCCCUUGCCCAAGUGAAAAAUCCGCUAAGAUACCAUGUCUUUGAGCGGAAACUUCUCUGGCUUCCCUUUCCUACCCCACCUUGCCCCCUAUUAGGGGCCAGCUAAAUGUGAUCCUGCCUUGCUGUGAAAUUCCUGUACCUUCGAUCUGGUGUUAGGUGUGCAAAGUCGGUGUCCUACCUCCGUCCGCGCCCAGGCCCCGCCCGAGCAUAGUUGUCCUCCUCGUGAAUGUGUAGAGCCCUCCUUUGAAAUUUCUUAACUGGUGCAUUGAGGUUUCCUAACCUUUUUCCAAUAAGCGCCCCACUCCAUGGAUUUCUACCUAUAGUCUAUGCAGUUGUUACCUCUUUUUUUUUUUUAAGGAAAAAAAGAUUGGGUGGGCUGGAGUCUGUAGGGAGAUGGGAUUGGGCACCUCCCCUAAGCUGGGGCCUGAAUUUUUGUAAAUAAAUUCCACAAGCUUUUCUUUCUACCCAGAGGGAAUGGGGGGAGGAUGUGCCCAGAAUGAGAUUGGAAUCACCCAUCUCUCCAUGUGCUUGAGUGCGUGUGUACAUAGGCAAUCCCCACUCUGCUCCCAUCCCAGAGGGAUUGCUGUGAAUUUUUUUUUGUGGCAAAUAAAGAUAUUUCAUUCUGUUCAAUAUUAUGAUUUAUUUGACCCUUUAUUAACCCCUUUCCUCUUAAAACCCUCCAUUCUCCCCAGGCGGUGGAGGAGGAGGAGGCAGGUGGGCAGAACCCAACCCGUGAGAACAGGCACCCAGAGGUGAGGUAGGCCUGCAUUGGCCCGUCUGGAGCACCUCUGCACUGGCAAGGCCAAGAUUGUGAUGGUGGCCUCCUCCCGCUCUCAAGCUGAGGACAUUCCACAGCUACUCUCAAGCUCUCCUUCCUCACGUGCAGCUCGAGCUGUGUCCAAAUACCCAGCAACGGACUUUCCAUUUAAGUACACAUUUGUCGUGGAGUUAAUUGUAACCAUCAUCGAAUUUAAAUUUACAGUAAUUUUUUUGGCUCCACUGCCCUCCUGCCAGAUGUCUCCGUCUGUCGCAAUUAAAUGUGUAGGUUUGAGGGUAUGAUGUUAGUGGGUUUUUUCUCUAUGAGAAGACUGUAUUGGAAUUUUUAUAUACAGUUUUUAAGGAAGGGGGGAGAGAAACAAUCCCCCUCCCUCUUCUCUCUGAAGCCCCUGAGGGUGGGAAGGUGGGGCUGCUUCCCCUUGGGCACAAAUGGCCAGGCUCUUCCAGACACAACAAGACGCUAGGCUGGAGCCACCCUGAUGUUUAUACAUUGGGUAUUCCAGAGAGUAAAAACCCCCAGAGAUUUGUUUUGUAGGGGUUAGCAAGGGGGUGGGGCACUAGGAAAGGAGGUGACCUGUGAGGACAGUCACCAUAUCCAUCUAUAUUUGCUGUGUUUUCUUCAGUGUAAAGAUAAUCAUGAUUCUUUUUGUGCUUUCAGCGGGGACACUUAGCUGGUGUCUGUUCCAAAUUUGUUACUUUGGGACAGAGGUCUGCAACCAGUUCUCUCAUGCUUCCCCUCUCUUUCUGUUCUUGCCUAAUUCAAGGAAGAUGUUUUUGUCAAUACAAUUCUUUUGGAUGAAAGGAAAACCCAUCAUGACUAUCAAAUCUGGGUUCUGUCUUUUUUGAUGGCAGGGACCUCAGCAGCUUAGGGGUCUGAAUCUCUAAUUUGUAAAUGUGGGUCUUAAGUGAAGAUUUGCAAAAUGGGGUGUAUAUGCAUUGCACAGUUUCCUCAUGUGCCCAUAUAUUUGAUUUUAAUCAAUGUGCCUAUGGGUGUGCAUGAUGAGUGUAUGUAUACAUAUUUGCCUGUAGUAAAGGGUAAAGCUGAGCACAUUCACAGCUA